AUGGACCCUGUAAAUCCUAACCAGAAGGUUCGAUCUACACCACAGUAUGCGCUGUACCAACGGGAGAACUUCUGGAAAUCCAACGAGGGCGAAGUGCCAUUGUUCAACACUGAGCCUGGUAAACUCGAAGAAUUAGCGAAGGAGAAGCUCAGCCAGGGUGGCUGGUUUUAUGCCUCUUCCAAUGCUGGUCAGUCGCACACCCAUACCACAAACAGACAAGCAUUCUAUCGACAUCGAAUCAUCCCGCGUAUGCUAGUAGACACCAACCAGCGCGACACUGCGACGGAGAUCUUUGGACAUAAGGUUCCUGCGCCGAUUGGAUUUGCCCCUGUUGGCAUCAACAAAAUUUACAAUCCACAAGGCGAGCUCCCUGUGGCAAGAGCCGCCGGCGCGUUGGGACUACCAUACUGUCUCUCGACCGCGGGGUCACAAAGCAUAGAAGGUGUUGGCCAGGCCAACGAUGAGGGCGUGAAAAAAGGUCGGGGAGAUAUUGGAACCGCUGCUGGUGGUGGAGAGAAGGGUGUGAGAUUCUUCCAACUCUACAUGCCGCACGAUGACGAGCUCACUCGCUCGCUUCUUCAACGUGCCGUGGACAGCGGCUUUACAGCUUGCAUCCUGACACUUGACACUUGGCAGCUGGGAUGGCGACAUGACGAUGUCGCAAAUUCAAACUAUGCGUUCUACCAUGGAAUCGGUGCAGACCUGGGAUUGACUGACCCUGUCUUCCAAAAGAGGCUGAAGGAAAAAGGCAUUGAUCCCAAGACACAGCCCAACGAAGCUGGUGCGCUGUGGAUAGACAAUGUAUGGCACGGACGUGCGCACACCUGGGAAAAGGCUGAAUGGGCGAUGAAGCUGUGGAAAGAGCUUAGUGGGGGCAAGCCAUUCUCUCUGAAGGGUAUCCAGAGCGUGGAAGAUGCAAAGAAGGCCGCUGAUCUGGGUUUUGACGGCAUCGUAGUCAGCAACCAUGCAGGAAGGCAAGUUGAUGGCGCGGUUGCCAGUCUUGAUUCACUUGAAAAAAUUGUCGACGCUGUCGGUGACAAGAUAUACAUCAUGUUCGACUCGGGCGUCCGGUCUGCAUCUGACGUCUUUAAAGCGCUUGCUCUGGGUGCAAAGUUUGUAUUCGUCGGCCGCUUGUGGAUCUGGGGUCUCUCAAUCAUGGGCGAGACGGGAGUAAACCAUGUUAUGCGCGGGCUACUGGCUGACCUCGAUAUUCUGAUGAGUGUUGGAGGGUUCAGGAACAUUGGGGAGAUCACAAAAGACUCACUGGAAAGUGGGCCGAAGAGUUAUCCGCUUAUGCAUAUUGCUAGCAAACUACACCCUAUAAUCGAGAUGUCGGUCAUUCUGUGCACUGCCGGCUACGACCACACGAUCAGAUUCUGGGAAGCACUCUCUGGUAUAUGCUCCCGAACUAUCCCGCAUCCAGACUCCCAAGUCAACCGUUUAUGCAUAUCGCCUGACAAGCGAUAUCUCGCCGCCGCUGGCCACCACACGGUCAAGCUUUACGAUAUCAAAUCAACCAAUCCGAACGCGAUCCUCACCUUCGAUGGCCACACGUCAAAUAUCACCGGUGUCGCCUUCCACUGCGAGUCAAAGUGGCUCGUCACCUCGUCCGAAGACGGGACAGUCAAGAUCUGGGAUACGCGAUCAGGCAACGUCCAGCGUAACUACACCCACGGUGUUCCCGUCAAUGAUGUGGUUAUCCAUCCAAACCAGGGCGAACUCAUCAGCUGCGACCGUGGUGGCAACGUAAGAAUCUGGGACUUGGGAGAGAAUAAGUGUUCUCACCAGCUCAUCCCUGAGGACGAUGUGAGCGUGGCUAGUGUUACGGUUGCUAGUGAUGGCAGCAUGGUGUGUGCGGGCAACAACGCCGGCAACGUCUACGUCUGGCGCAUGAUACAGCGUAGCGAUACCACAUCCAUCCUCCCCAUCUGCAAGUUUGUCGCACAUACCACCUACAUCACCCGUGUCCUUCUUUCCCCAGACGUCCGUCACCUAGCCACCUGUUCCGCCGACCACACCGCACGCAUAUGGUCUGUUGAUCCUACUGCUCCUCACAACGUCACGCCCAACGACAACUUGCCAUCAGCUAGCGAGCGCGAUCCUGCUGCCUUCCCGUUGGAGACUACAUUACACGGUCAUCAGCGUUGGGUAUGGGACUGCGCCUUCUCAGCGGACAGCGCCUACCUAGUCACCAGCUGCUCAGAUCACUACGCGAGGCUAUGGGAACUUGGCAGCCAGAGCAUCAUCCGGCAGUACAACGGACAUCAUCGUGGUGCUGUGUGUGUUGCGCUCAACGACACGGCCGUUGGCAACUAA